CAACAUCCUCGCUUUUUAGCCACCCUAACCUUCCAGCACACCCUGUGGAAGUAUGUGCUGAUGCUACGUGAAGCUCUCCUUAAGGGCUCCCCUUCUCCAUCUUCGGAAGCAUCUUAGAGACGUUUGCAAGGGGAAAACUGUCUCCAGAUGUAUCUCCAGAUGUAUAGGGGUAAGCGCUAAUCUGCGUGUGGGAAAUGUACGCUACGUAGUAGAUGAAGCCUACGAACGUCUAGUGUUGAUGCAAAAAAUGGCCAUCGAUCGACGAAUGCGAGAACAUAUCGGCACAGGGUCAUCUCUUAAGAAAGAUAUUGACCGUAGUGUAAUGAGGGAAGUGCAAGUCUUCAAGAAGUACGCGGAACAGGUACUUAGCUUAGCUAACACGACCAUGAAAAGGAUCCUUGUUGUGGCUAGAAGUUUCUCUCGACUCAAAUUCUCUGUUCGUGUACUUGUUCCUCCACCUAUGUUAGUAAUCCUCUAAGUCUCAAUCCGGAACCAGUGCGCCGGCUGGGGCAUCCACAGUGUUGUCAAGUGCGGGACCACGACGGGGAACACUAGGACUCUUCAGUGUGCAAAUCGCAAGGCCCGAAGUCGUUGGCGGACCACGUCGAGCAGCUGGUGACUCAGCCGCUGGAAGCGGU